AUGAAACGUGUAUUAGCAUUUUCCAAACACUGUAACAGAGCAAUUCACCACCGUUGCGACACCCAACUCCAAACCGCAGGUCCCGUUGCAUCUCUCAUAAAAUCCCGUUCCGUCAUUCGAUUCCGAGGACCGGACACUAUCAAAUUCCUUCAGGGACUAUUGACCAACGAUAUACGCAAAUUCGGCGAACCUAUUGGCGAUAAAACCGCGAAUUUACCUACACCCAAUGUUCCCACCACCUCGGUUCCUCCUAUCUAUGCUGCCUUGUUAACCCCUCAAGGUAGAUUCCUCUAUGACCUCUUUCUCUAUAAACCACCAAGCUCUGAUACUAAGCUUAACAGGACCGGGACUGGACCUGCCUCAGAACCUGAUGAACCCUUUGAAUUAUUCGCUGAUGUCGAUGCUUCUCUUUUGGAUGAAUUGUUGGCAACUUUCACUAAAUACCGGUUGAGGUCGAAGGUUGAGAUUGAUAAUGUUGCUGGCGAAUUCUCGUGUUGGCAGCGUUAUGGUUCUGGGCCUCCUGAGAAUUCCUCGGAUGUAGAAGAACCAGAAGCAGCCUCGGUUGGGUGGGGUGCUGGUGAGGACGAGGCUGCAAUGUCCUCUUCUCGAGGGGGCAAUCUUGGCUGGCAAUGGUUUAAGGAUCCCAGGUUGACCUGUCUUGGUUUCAGAGGGAUCUUCCCAUCAAAUAUCAUUCCACCUCUAAUUGAAGCUGACAAAGAGACUGGUGAAGAGAAUUAUCUUAUGUGGAGAUUAGAGAAGGGAGUAGCAGAAGGAUCAACUGAGAUUCCAAAAGGUGAAGCAAUGCCGCUCGAGUAUAAUCUUGUAGGUCUUAAUGCAAUCAGCUUUGACAAAGGUUGCUAUGUGGGACAAGAACUGAUAGCUCGUACACACCACAGAGGGGUGAUUAGGAAGCGUAUAGUUCCUCUAAGGUUUCAAGAUAAUGAUGGAAAUGAAGUUGUAAACAAAGUCAUUCCUGGCUCAGAAGUAAUAAACACAGCAUCUGGAAAGAAAGCUGGUUUAGUGACUACUGCCUUGGGAUGUCGUGGGUUGGGACUCUUGCGGUUAGAGGAAGCUUUAAAGGGAUCUGCUGCCUUGUCCAUUAAAGGACAAGAGGGUGUGAAGGUUGUCGCAAGUAAACCAGAUUGGUGGCCUUCUGAUUGGGCUCAAGAUCUUCACCAGCACACUGCUUUUGCAUAG